AGAGAGAGAGAGAGAGCGCUGAGGAAAGAAAAAAAAAAAGGCAAGACUUGGCACAGCUCAGUCAAAUCAGCUUCUUUUGUCUGCUUUCUCGGCUUGAGCUUGAGGAAAAGGAAAGAAACCGUCCUGGGGCACCGAAAAACCCAGAACUUUUUGGUUUUCAAACUUAGAAGGCUUUUUAAGUCUCUUGGGCUAUUUAAAAAGUGGUGGUACAUACAAUGCCGGUCAGUCAUCAGUAUUAAGGGAAAAUAAGAGGCUUUUCAAAUGAAGCUUCCACAUUGUCCACACAUUUGGGAAAUGUUGCAUUUGGUUUUUGCAGGUAUGAUUAUAUUGUGAGGGAGACAGGAUUAAUUUAGAAGAUGGGAAGGCAAAUUUCCAAAUUAAAGGGAGAAUCUUAAUUUUCGACAAAAAAGUUUGCUCAUCAGCCCAAACCUGCUUUCAAAUCAAAUCAGGCAUCCUUCGGAAUGUAUUCAGAACGUAAGUUUUCAGAUCUUCUUUUCUUUUCUUUUUUGCCCGUUAAAAGAAAUUAACUUUUUCAAGGAGCAUCUCCAAGAUUUCAUACAACUCAGCCAAGAACAAUUAGUGACAACACUGAAGACCAGAAAGGCAAGCUGAAGACACCCAGACUACGCCUGAAGGGCAAACCAGAAAUGCAAACAUCAUGUCAAUGGAAAUAGGACUGUCGAACCUUUCCCAGAGGGAACACAGAUGGCUCUGUUUGGAAUGGGGUGUUUCUGGGGAGCAGAGCGGAAAUUUUGGAACUUGAAUGGAGUAUAUUCUACUCAGGUUGGCUAUGCUGGAGGCUACACUUCGAACCCAACUUAUAAAGAGGUCUGCUCAGAGAAAACUGGCCAUGCAGAAACUGUCCGAAUUGUGUACCAGCCAGAAUACAUCAGUUUUGAGAAUCUGCUCAAGGUCUUCUGGGAGAAUCAUGACCCGACACAAGGCAUGCGUCAAGGCAAUGACUUUGGUAGCCGAUACCGUUCUGCUAUCUUCCCAACCACUCCGGAACAGGUAGAAGCAGCUCUUAAGUCUAAAGAGGCUUACCAAGAGGUCCUUACAGAAAGUGGAUAUGGUGCAAUUACAACCGAAAUCCGAGAGGGUCAAGAUUUCUAUUAUGCUGAAGAUUACCAUCAACAAUACUUAAGCAAGAAUCCCAAUGGAUACUGUGGGCUGGGAGGCACAGGAGUUUCUUGUCCCAUUGGAAUACAAAAUAAUUAAUGCCCAUAUGAUGGCAUUGAGCUUGCAUUUGCGAUGGCACUGCUGUAGGGUAAUUGACCAGAGGCAUAGCUUUUCAAGUCCUGACUCCAUAAAGGGUUUCUAAACCAAUGAAAUGCAAUGACACCUUGAUAAGAUAUGAAUAUCUCACAUUUGAAUGGCAGUUGAUUUUAUGUGAUUAUUGGAACUACACCUUCUGCUAUGGGAUGGUAAUUAAAGUGAUUAAACCUAAAAUGUAAGCAGUUUCUGGCUUCUGAGAGAAGGGAGGAAUGCAAGCAAGAGGGUGAUAGGAAGUUAUUUCUGGUGGGAAAAUCUUUACUACUGCCCUGGCCAUUCUUCCUUUCCUGUGCCAUCAGAUUUGUAACCAUUCGUGGCCUUUAAUGACAUGUUUACAGAAAUAUUUCUCUGUACUGAAUACAAAUGGGCAGUUCCACAAGAAUAGAGCCAAUGGAGCUUUUUGUGCUUGUUGCAGGCUUCCUCGUGGCCAUAGAAAGAUCCAAGUUUGCUUUAUAGAUUAUGAUGCUUUGCUUAUAGCAAUGAGAAUGGUAGCAAAUGCAUAAUCCAAUAAAAGUUUAUGUUCUGAAUAAAA